AGUGCUCCGAGAAGUGCGCACGCGCACUGACCCCGGCGGGCCCUAGCAACCAGAGCAGUGACAGUAGCAACGGCCGGAAUGGCAAAAGCAACAACAAUCAAAGAAGCUCUAGCCAGAUGGGAAGAGAAAACCAGUCAGAAGCCAUCUGAAGCCAAAGAGAUAAAGCUUUAUGCUCAGAUUCCCCCUAUAGAGAAGAUGGAUGCAUCUUUGUCCACACUUGCUAAUUGCGAGAAGCUUUCACUGUCUACAAACUGCAUUGAAAAAAUUGCCAACCUCAAUGGCUUAAAAAACUUGAGGAUAUUGUCUUUAGGAAGAAACAACAUAAAGAACUUAAAUGGACUGGAAGCAGUAGGGGACACAUUAGAAGAACUGUGGAUCUCCUACAAUUUUAUUGAGAAGUUGAAAGGGAUCCAUGUAAUGAAGAAAUUAAAGAUUCUCUACAUGUCUAAUAACCUGGUGAAAGACUGGGCUGAAUUUGUGAAGCUGGCCGAACUGCCAUGCCUGGAAGACCUGGUGUUUGUAGGCAAUCCCUUGGAAGAGAAACAUUCUGUGGAGGGGAACUGGAUUGAAGAAGCAACCAAGAGAGUUCCCAAACUGAAAAAGCUGGAUGGUACCCCAGUAAUUAAAGAGGAUGAGGAAGAAGAUAACUAACACCACGUUUUCCGCUUCGUGUUAACUUAUUUGAAUGUCAUAAGAACAAUAGAUAAGUUUUGUAUAAUUGUCUAUUUUAAAGAUUCUGUGUUGGGCAAAAGAUUAAGAUAAAACAAAUCUCUCAUUCCUAUCUUUUUUUAAACCUAUUUAGUAUUUCUCCCUCCAAACAGUAACAGUAACACCAACUCCAUAUAUUGUAGUACUAUUUUUAGAAAUUCAGAUUUUCAAUUUUUGUCUUUAGUCCCAGUUAUGUACUGUGUGGUCCCAUCCACUGAAACUUUUAUAGACUAGUCAUUUUUAACAACCAAGAACAACAAAUACGGUUCUUUAUUCAGUUUAAGUUUUUUUUUUCUUAGACCAGGCAUUUAAAUAUACAUACUUAACCUCUGAGUCUGUAGACCAUCUUUCCUGAAGGUCCAUGUCUUUAUGAUUCAGAAGCACAAAUAUGUCACGCCUCUCGUUCAGAAGACAGCACAGUGACAGGAAGAGUUCCUCUUAGAAGAAAUACAGAGCAGCCCUAGAACCACGACUCCCAAAGUCCAGUUGGAAAAGCUGUGGUGAAAAAAGGAAAAAUUAAUAUCUUGGAGGCCUUAUAGCCCAUGUUAUAUUUCAUUGCUUUUCCAAAAAUGUGUGCACUGUCAACUGGAAUUUAGGUUGUGUUUACAUGCCUGGCCACUUGAGUCACUGUGCACAGUCAGUCAUUCUGUGAUCCAGGUCAGUGAGUGGUUAAAAUGACUGCCAUGAUCAUUCCUUUGACCAGUACUGUGGUCAUGUUACUCAUAUGGACCUGAUCUUAGGCACACUUUUUGGUUUAUAGUCCCUUAUAUGUCAUAUAAGGAAAUGUAUGUAAACAAUAGUUAUAUCUGAAUUACUAGCCUAAAUGUUGGCCAUUUGUAUAUGUCAGAAAUUACCCUAAUAGCUUUGUUCUUUUGACCCUCAUGUUGGGAGAAAUGAUUGCUAUAAAUAAGGAUAUAGAACCUAAAGACUACGUCUAAUACAUUUCAACAGAUUAAAUUUAGAAUUUCAAAAUAUAUUUUUAGAAUGCUUCUAAGUUAAACAGCUCUUAAAAUGAAUUAUGUAAGUGAUUGUGGAGGAAAAAAAGAAGAGAUAUUUCAUUGUGGGAUCCCAGGCAAAGGGCAAUAUUUUUGAAGAUUGCCUUCUCUAUGAAGGAUGGUAGGUGAUUUAACUUUAAAAUUGCAAAGCAAUAGUUGGAGACAGAGCUUAGAAUUUAUCAUAGAAGAAAAAAAAAUUCUUUUUGGGAAAUACAAGAUAUAGUAGUCAGUAACCAUAUGAUGAUGAAGUCCAUAGCAGGCCGUGACUGAAUCACUGACCAUUUCGGAAGAGAAGUUAGAGGCGCUCUGCCAAAUUGUGCCUAAAGUCCCUCAACCAGAGACUGAUUCUUAUUUCCCCAUUUACUUGUGUAAAACCAGUCAAAAAGAGGAGAGUCAUUUUUUUAAGUGAUUGCAUAAGUAGUCCUGGGCUUCAGAAAUUUUCAGCUAUCAUUUAAGUAGGAAUUAUGUGAUUUCUCUGAGUCACUCUGAUCUAAAGGGACCACUGCUUUGACAAUCAAUUCUGAAUACAAAUAGGAAGAGGAAAAAUUAGUCCAACACUUUUUGCUUCCUUUUAGUUCUUCCUUAUAAUCUGAUAGAAAGAAAUCUUUACUCCGGCUUAUACAUUCAAAGCCUUUGGGUAUUUUGUGAACUGUAGGCAAUGAGUAUUCCCCUUGGUGAUGUUUAAAUCCCCAAAACUAGGAGGGAAGACGAUCUUCCUCACUUGUAGUUUGCACGUCAUCCAGUAGGAAAGCUUGAAGCCAUUUUGCUAUGUAUAGACAUAUUUUCUAAAAGUCACUCUGGAGGUGAAUAUAGUAGGGAAUGGAUAACUUCAUAUUGAAUCUGUAAAAUGGCUUAUGUUGUUGGCAUUUGGUUUUCUGAAUUCUAUAAUAUAGAAAAUAAUUUUCUCUGCUUUUCCUUGUUUCUUAAUAUUUUUAAGUCACUGAUAGUUCUCAGAGAAAUGUAAGGUGCUUUUCUGUGUCCACUUCACCCAAAAUUCAUAUUUAGUUGCACUCGACAAAUAUUUGAAUGACUUCUGUACCUUUUUAUGGAAUUAAGGCCAGAAUCCAUGCCAUUAGAAAAUGGAAGAUAGGGUGUGUGAAUACAUUCAGAACAUUCUCUCUAAUCAUUCCUUAAAUCAUCAUUUUCUGUUGCAAAUUUGGCUGAUGUUAAAUGCCUUUGGUUUAUAGAUUAGCUUUUUGAACUACUUGGAAUGGAUUCUCUCUGUGCUCUUGGUUUAAAGCAUGAUGCCAUUUGUGUGGCUCAUUUAAAUUUUUGUCUAUUCUUGUAAUGAUAGUAGAACUCUCGAAUCAGUCCAGUAUUUUAAUUUUUCACAGGUCACUUGAUCUUAGUCUACAUAGGAAUUCAACUUUUCUAUGUUCCCUAACUGUAAGUUUAUGGCUGUAUUACCUGGUCAGGCCUUGAAAGGUUUUUGUGUUAUGUGUUCAUAGGAGUUUGUUCCUUUAGAUCAGAGUUUCUCCAUGUUGGCACUAUUACCAUUUUGGGUUGGAUAAUGUUGUCCUGUGUAUUACAGGACGUUUAGCACCAUCUCUGGCUUCUACUCACUAGAUACCAGUAGAACCCCUGGUUUCAUUCUGGCAACCAAAAAUGUCUUCAUACAUUACCAUCUGUCCCCUCUGCCGGUGGGGUAGGAACAAAUUCGUCCCUGUUGAAGAACCAGUGCUUAGUGUAUACUAACAUUCCUUUUGUCCAAGUACAUUUAUUUUCACUCUAGCCAUAGAUGCCACCUGAGUUGUUGUAUGAGAGAAGGUGAUGUAUUUAGUAAUUAUGGAUGGAAGGAAAAUGGUCAUUGGUGUUUUGCUUUUUUAUAAUGCUCAUUUUAAUAAUUUUCAUAUAACAUUAGAAACUCAGGGCUGGAAGGUUCAACUUACAUUUUUCAGCAGGGUCUCAACUUUUAUUUCUUAGUAUUCCUGCUUAUCUUAGGACAAUGAUUAUUAACCUACCUCUUACUAUAACAGAAUUCGACUUUAUGAUAGAUUUUGCUUUAUCUCUGAGUUGAACAUUUUGAGUGUACUUUUAGAAAAUGGGUCAUUCUUUAAAUGUUUGUUCAUUGUCCACUAAUGCAUAGAUUUUCCAGACUGUAGCAGUCAUUAAAUACAGAAAAAUAUUGUAUAAAAUUUGGCAAAAUUUGGUCAUCAUAUGUGAAAGUUAGCUGGUGUAAACACCAAUUUUGGAUGUGAUCAGAAGAAUGUCAUGAUAAUUCGUCAUUAGCUUGGUAUUACUUGUUAUGGUUAUUAGAUACUUAAAUGUGGUUCUUGUGUGGAAAAAGAAUUUUGACUUGAAUAGAUGCUUCUUAAACCAUUUACCAGUGGUCUGAAGUAGAGUAAGGAGGAAUAAGACAUGAAUCUUAACUGUUGACUUAUUCUCAGAAUUGGUGGUGUGUAAGUGGAAUUGAAGGUAUUAUCUCUGUAAUGAAGAAUCUUCCACCUGGGGUUUUCUUAGGACUAAAUGGAAAAAGUGUAGGGUCUAGGAAGGUUGGACUUAAUCAUUCACUUUUAAAAAUUGGUGUGUUGCAGGGGAAUGUCAAAGUAUUGAUCAUGAGUAGUCAGUGUCUCUUUAACUGCAGUUUGUCAAUUUGUGAGGACCUUACAUUGUAAGUGUUGGUAAAGGGAGAAGACUAACUGCUGAACUGAAAGUUAUCUUUUUAUUGAUAUUAAUCCCUUUGGCACGUGUUUUCUUUAUUUAAGCUGCUUACUGUGUCUGUGAAUAAUUAAAUAUAAAACAAGCUUCAGUGUAGCAGAGUUGGUGCUUCUGACACAGCUAACUUGAGCAUAUUUCUUUAUCUUCAUUCUAGCAUGAGGUUUUGGUUUUGUUUUUUUUUCAUAAAACCAUAAAGUAGGUGCAAUAAAAAAGUAAAGAGUAUGUUUUUAAAAAAUCACCGAAGUUUUAGAAAUCCCACAUCGAAAUCUCUAUUCCUACCUUUUUAUAAUGGACUGCAAAGGAAGAAAACUGAAAGUCAAAAUGAGACUGAGUCUUACUUUUUUCUAAGAAAAACAUUUUCACUUGCCACUUGGAGAAGUCAUAACUGGAUUCUAGUUAACUUCCCAUAUUGGGCAGGUUAGAGGGGAACCAGCCAACCAAAUUAUGAUCUAGUAAAC